UUACCAGCUGCAAGCUGAGUUAUUUCCAGUUUGCCAGCAAUAAUGCCAAUUAAAAUAUUGUCUGCUUUACUUUUCCUUAUCUGUGCCAUUGAAUGUAUCAUUGGCAGAGCUACACUGCCAGUGGAGCAGUCAAAUGUCAACUAUGUUGUAAGUACUCUAGCGGUUUCAUGGAAAGACGCAUUCGUGUUAUGUGAACAGAGUGGAAUGGAGUUGGUCUCGAUAACAUCCGCAAAAGAACAGAAUGCAGUAGCGGAAGCAUUGUCUUCCUAUCCUCCUCAACAUGGUUUUUCAAAAGGAUAUUGGACUUCUGGUACACGCUUCAAUGGGAAUUCGUUUGUAUGGUUCACCAGUGGCAAACCGCUAGUGUACAAUCAAUUUGCAGACAAUCAACCGGACAAUGCGGGAAAUAAUGAGAAUUUGGGGCAGUCAAACUUCAAGUAUGUUAUAAGUACUGUAGCGGUUCCAUGGAAAGAUGCAUUCGUAUUAUGUAAACAGAGUGGAAUGGAGUUGGUUUCGAUAACAUCUGCAGAAGAACAGAAUGCAGUAGCCGAUGCUUUGUCUGCUUAUCCUACUAAACAGGGUUUUUCAAAUGGAUAUUGGACUUCUGGAACACGCUUCAAUGGCAAUUCGUUUGUAUGGUUCACCAGUGGCAAGCCGUUAGUGUACACUAGAUUUGCAGACAAACAACCGGACAAUGCGGGAAAUAAUGAGAAUUGUAUAGAAUUUUUUAUGUAUUGUGAAAAUUCUUAUAAAUGGAAUGACAGAGACUGUAGUCAAAAAGCUGGUUACAUCUGCCAAGAGCGCAGUGAUUGAUAAUUUUUUACAUAAACAAGCCUGAAAUAUUUUUGUGA